CAAGUGAACCAGAGCAAUUCCAACAAAAUGACACCUCCAGUGAUUUCUUUCUGUGUUACAUGUCUGCUCUUGGGAACUAUGGCUCAUUUGACAGCCCCGAAACGAUCGUCAGCUUUACGUUUUGAAUCAGUUAACGCUGGUGACGACGUGACUUUGGAAUGCUUGUAUGAAGAAAACACUCUUGAAGUGAUGUUUUUCUGGUAUAAGCAACCCCCGGGACAGAAACCACAGCUGCUGUCUAAAUACUAUAAGCAUGACAAAAAUGGCACUUUUAGUGAUGAGUUUAGCAACAAUCCACGCUUUCAUCUGGAAACUGGCAGAGGUAAAAAUCACCUGAAGAUAUCAAAUGUGCAGAUGUCAGACUCAGCUACUUACUACUGUAUAAGUUGCUAUUCAUACGUGUAUGAAUAUUUGGAGGGAAUAAUGGUCCAUGUAAAGGGUUCAGGUCAAAACUUCCAAGCUUUGGUUGAGCAGUCGGCAUCUAAGACCAUCCAACCAGGAGGUUCUGUGACUCUAAACUGUACAAUACAGACUUGGACCUGUGAUGGAGAACACAGUGUUUAUUGGUUCAAAAAAAGAGAAAAUUCUCAUUCAGGACUCAUUUACACCCAUGGAGGCAGGAACGAUCAGUGUGAGAGCAAGCCCAACACAAAAACACAAACCUGUGCCUACACCCUGCCACUGAAGAGCCUGAACCAGUCUCAUGCUGGAACAUACUACUGUGCUGUUGCCUCAUGUGGACGCAUUCUGUUUGGAAACGGGACCAAGUUGGACUUUGAUGAGGAGGUGUUCUCUCGAGUCUUGGUGUAUGUCUUGAGUGGAGCUCUGGGAUUCAGCACCAUCCUGGUAGUUGUGCUGGCUUACAAAGUAUAUACGGUGUACAAGACAAGGAGCCGCAAAUGCCCAGAGCCUCAAGAGACAUCUUCAGCUGCCUCAGCUCCAAAUGCAGACGGCUUCCGAGAUGCAGACAGCCUCCAUUAUGCUGCUUUGAGGCACAACAAGGUCAACAGAUCAAGAAGGGAGAAGGAUAACACCUUGAGUGAAUGUGUAUACUCCGGUGUACGGCACUAGAUUGUAUUUUUUCAUUUGUACUUUGCUUCUGUGUGAACCUAAAUGACAGGUUUUGUCAGAUGUCUUCUUCAUAAACUAAAUGUAAAGCUUUGCAAAUAGAUGAAACGCCCGUCUUGAGCUGCAGUCAAGCCAGGUUACUUUGAUGUGACUGAAGGUGCCAUAUUUCCAUUCUCGCUACACUCGUCCUUUACAGUGCACAAACAAAAAACCACACUCAACUCGGCACGCAACCAUGAAGCACGCGGAAAUGAGUCCUACCAUUGUAAUAGCUUCUCACACACAGAGCAGGCCUGUUCACGGGAGGAUACAACAAACGUCAGAUAAACCAGCUAUAUAAAAAAAAAAAACGUGGCAUAAAACAAAACUGUUCAAUUCUGAGUCCCUGCAGUAAGUGUACUGAUGUCUUAGUGCUCACAGCUUGUUUACUGUACACGUGUUGCCACAACCCCAGAGACAUGAGGGUCUUUUUUUAGCCUGGGAGUGGCUGACAGUCAAACGUUUAGCUCUUAGUGUACUUCAGUCAUCUCUAGGACCCUCUGCUCUCGCUUUGGUCUCAAACAGGAUGUACCUGCUGUGUUUUCGUGCAUUGCAGCCACACAGUAGAACACUGACACCCAGGGAGGGGGGGUUUAGGUAGACAAGAAGACAUUAUUUUAGCAAUUGCAUUAGUAAAGUUUUAAAAAUCAUAACAUGUUUUGAACUGAUUAAAUCAUAACUAGUAAUAUUGGUAUAUAUGCUAUCAGUUAUUUCAGUGUUUUUUUUUCUUUUGGUAUAAGAACAGAUGAUUUUGUACAUGUGUCUAUCAAUGCACUUUUUUUUUUUAUGAAACAGGAGCAAUGUUGUUAGAUUUUACCUCCAUAUACUGAAUUUAAUGAUUGGCCUUGCAGAAAGAAAACUAAUAAAACAAGUGGCAAAGUUU